GGCGGUUGGGGGUGGGCCCGGGCGCCGCCGCGGACGGUCGGCGGGCAGACCAAGCGACCAGCGGUGGGCAGGCCGGUGACGGUCGCUGGGCGGCGGGCGGCGGCGAUGGCGACGGCGAUGGCAGCGACGGCGGCGGAGCGGGCGGUGCUGGAGGAGGAGUUCCGCUGGCUGCUGCACGACGAGGUGCACGCCGUGCUCCGGCAGCUGCAGGACAUCCUCAAGGAGGCAUCUCUCCGAUUCACUCUGCCAGGCUCAGGCACCGAGGGGCCUGCCAAGCAGGAGAACUACAUCCUAGGCACCUGCGGCACAGACCAGGUGAAGGGGGUGCUGACUCUGCAAGGGGACGCGCUGAGCCAGGCGGAUGUGAACCUGAAGAUGCCUCGCAACAACCAGCUGCUGCACUUUGCCUUCCGUGAGGACAAGCAGUGGAAGCUGCAGCAGAUCCAGGACGCCAGGAACCACGUGAGCCAAGCCAUUUACCUCCUCACCAACCGGGAUGAGAGUUACCAGUUCAGGACGGGAGCAGAGGUCCUCAAGCUGAUGGACGCCGUGAUGCUGCAGCUGACCCGAGCCCGCAACCGCCUCACCACCCCGGCCACCCUGACCCUGCCAGAGAUCGCCGCCAGUGGCCUCACGCGGAUGUUUGCCCCUGCCCUGCCCUCCGACCUGCUGGUCAACGUCUACGUUAACCUCAACAAGCUCUGCCUCACCGUGUACCAGCUGCACGCCCUGCAGCCCAACUCCACCAAGAACUUCCGCCCGGCUGGAGGCGCCGUGCUCCACAGCCCCGGGGCCAUGUUCGAGUGGGGGGCACAGCGUCUGGAGGUGGGCCACGUGCACAAGGUGGAGUGCGUGAUCCCGUGGCUCAACGACGCCCUCGUCUUCUUCACCGUCUCCCUGCAGCUCUGCCAGCAGCUCAAGGAUAAGAUCUCCGUGUUCUCCAGCUACUGGAGCUACAGGUCCUGAGCAGAGCACCCCAGGACCCCCGUCCCCCUGGGAAAUGGCCCCUGCCAGGGGUGCCCAUCCCCCCACUCCCCCACCCCCCUGUCGGAGCACUGGCUAAAGCCGGGCCCUGCAGGCUAUUUAUUUCCCUCUUCGCCCAUCUUGCCCAUCACGUGUGCACAGAUGGGAAUGACCAGUGGACAUGCUAGAAGGAAGGAGCCGGCUUGCUUUUUGCUUGGGAUGGGAGCGUCAGGAGGGCAGCCGGAGGUGGAAUGUGAGGUGACCCACAUUCCAGGCCCUAAAGCAGGAACCUUUAGACUCAGGGUGGGGCCAGGCCUUGGGCUCCUUCCUCCUCGCUCCACUGCCUGCCCAGCUGCCCCGGGAGGGAUGGUGAGGGGUGUGGUGGCCCUAAGCUGUGAGCGGGAAGGAAGGAGGAGGAAUGGGCAGACAGAAGCCCCCGCCAGGAGCUGGGGCACUCUGACUGUGUUGCUCAGCCACCAUGAUGGGGCCUCCAAGAAAUAAAGAUCAUCCGACUUUGCCUGGAA